GCUUCACAGACGCAGGCGUCAGAAAUGACGACGCUCAGCUCAACGUUCAAACAGGUGCGACUUAAACAGGUAUUUUGGAGACCAGCUCAGAGACUCCAGCAGGACUGAAUAAGCUCACAGAUGGAGGCAGAGACAGGUGAGAUCGUGAGGCUGACGGUCAUCAGAGGUGAUGAUGGUCAGCUGGGCUUCAGUGUGCGAGGAGGAUCUGAACACGGACUCAGUGUCUUCAUCAGCAAAGUACAGAAAAACAGUGCCGCAGAUGUGGCGGGUCUGUGUGUCGGUGAUAAGCUGUUAGAGGUGAACGGUGUGUGUCUGGAGAACAUCAGCAUGAGCAGCGCAGUGAAGGUGUUGACAGGUCACUCUCGCCUGCAGAUGCUCAUCCAGCGGCUCGGACGCGUGCCUGGUGUCCGCUACACCAAUGAGAAAACCACAUGGGUGGAUCUGAUCCAUCGGCGGAUGGUGGUCGAAGAAGCGGACGCUCCUGUUUCAGUGUACAGCUCAGACGGAGCUCUGUGUCGCACGGUUCAUCUGAAUCUCUCUCAAAACCAACCAUGUCUGGGGCUCAACAUCCGCGGAGGACGAGAGUACAACCUGGGCAUCUACAUAUCCAAGCUGGAUCCCGGCGGUCUGGCUGAACAGGGCGGGGUUAAGAUGGGGGAUCAGAUCCUGUCAGCCAAUGGUGUGAGCUUUGAGAACAUCAACCAUCACAGAGCAGUGGAAGUGCUGAAGAGUCAGACUCAUGUUAUAAUGACCAUUAAAGAGGCAGGCAGAUAUCCAGCCUACAAAGAAAUGGUGACGGAAUUAAGCUGGAUGAACAAAUCGGGCAGUGGAACUGUGUAUUCGUCUCUACAGGACUCUGAAUCCUCUAGCUCGUCUCUGUCCUCGGGUACUCCUCUCGGAUCUGUGAGCGGAUUCUCUCAGGCUACGCUUCCUGUUAGCUUGCCUUUAGGAGCCAAAAUGUCUGAUACCAGCAGCUCCACUGAGGCUCAGUUUCAUCCUGACUCCACUGAAGAUGAUGGUCAGUCUGAGCGGCUGCGGACGGUGAGCCGAGGACCAACAGAAGUGCUGCAGGACUCUGCCAUCCGCAGUCGAGCAGACGAGGACUGGAGCGGGAUCAGAGAGAGCCGGAGGGAAGGCCGGAAAACAUCUCUGCUCAUCGCUCUCAGCCGACCGAGCCCACCCAUACGCCGCACACGCAGUCAUGUGACUAUAUCAGAAGAGGAGAAGAAACAGAAGAGAAAGCAGACAGAAAGAGAAGGGGGCAGCAGUCCGCUUCAGCGAUCCAAAACUUUCUUUGGUCUUUUCCGCAAGCGAGAUUCCUCCAGAUCACGCUCCAGAUCACCGCCACGCUCGGAGAGCAGUCUGGCCGGCAGAUGUAAUGGUGAUGUUUCUGAGCAGGAUAAUCUGGUUCCGCUGCGAGAGAUGGCCGUCAGAUUGCUGGAGGAUGAAGAUGUGACUGUGCUCAUGGGAAUCUGUAGAAGGUAUUUAUCAGAGCGAGGCCUGCAGACGCUUGUUCAUCCACUGCUGGCCAUCCUGAACACGCCAGAGAAGCUUCUGCUGCUCCGAGAAAUCAGGACACUCGUCUCCUCUAGUGAUCUUCCAGUCUUCAACAGCCUGGUGUCUCCAUUUGAAGAGGAAGCAUAUGAUAUCCUGAAGAGUCGCUCACGCAGGAGUUCUCCUCUGCGCUCUCCUCAGACAGGACUCGCUCCUCGACGGCACCUCAUCACACCUGUACCAGAUCUGCAGGGUGGAUUCGAGCUGCAGGCCGCAGACGAUCUAAAGAGGCAGAAUCAGCUUCUAGAGAGUCUGGAGCUCCUGCGUUUAUCCUGCUGUCCUGCAGAUCAGUCCAGAUCCUUCAGUCCCUUGCUGGACGUCCCGCUGGACACUUUCGAUCCUUCAGAGUCAGUGAAUUCCUCCAGGACGUCGGCGCUGCUGCCAAACUGGCUGCUGACGGAGAACAGACGCUCAGAGAGCUGCAUCCCUUCUAGUUCCGUCCGGUCAGAGAGUCCCACAGACGAUGUGCUGUUCACUGUAGUGGAUGCUCCCCGACACAAGAGGCCGCUGCUGGCUCAGGUUUUCGGCUCUUUGAAGAAAUCCCACAGUUCCACAGUGUCACCCGCAGAGCAGAUGUGUGGAAAAAAAAUAGCUCCAGACGUCCACAUACAGCCUGAGUUUGAGCUCACGACUGUUCAUAUCAGCAAAACCAAGCAGUCUCUGGGGAUCAGUAUAUCUGGAGGAUCAGAGUCUCGUGUUCAGCCCAUGGUGAAGAUCGAGAGGAUUUUUCCAGGAGGAGCCGCAUCUACGAGUGACGAUCUGCAGGCUGGUUUUGAGCUGGUGUCUGUGGACGGUGUAUCUCUGCAGGACGUCACCCAUCAGGACGCAGUGGACAUCAUACGACAGGCCUUCAGUAAUAAGAGCAUUAACCCCAUGCAGCUUGUGGUCAAAGUUCCCAGAGAUCCCAGAGUCUCGUGACGCAGGAUUCAUGC